UAUGGAGCAUCCCGUCCCAAGCGUUCCGUCGUGAGACGGGAACGCCUGGGAACGAGGUAUAUUCGUCGAGCGGUGACUGAUAUCAUAUCAGACGACAACUCCCUUUUCUCAAUUAUGGAGCGUAAAGUUGCCCGAGAAUUUAGACACAAGGUAGAGCUGCUGAUCGAGAAUGAAGCAGAGAAGGACUACCUUUACGAUGUCCUCCGUAUGUAUCACCAGUCGAUGGAUCUGCCCGUGCUGGUGGGGGACCUGAAGCUGGUGAUCAAUGAGCCAAAGCGGCUGCCUUUGUUCGACUCCAUCCGGCCCCUCAUCCCCCUCAAACACCAGGUCGAGUACGACAUGCUGACGCCCAAGAAGUCCCGGAAGCUGAAGGAGGUGCGUCUGAACCGGACCCAUCCCGACGGCCUGGGACUGAGCGUCAGAGGAGGCCUGGAGUUCGGGAGCGGACUCUUCAUAUCCCAGAUCGUCAAGGACGGCCAGGCCGGGAAUGUGGGUCUUCAGAUCGGGGAUGAGAUCGUUCGCAUCAACGGGUACUCCAUCUCCUCCUGUAUCCACGAGGAGGUCAUCAACCUGAUUAAGACCAAGAAGACCGUGUCGCUCAAAGUCAGACAUGUGGGCAUGAUCCCGCUAAAGGGGUCGUCAGCUGAGCCCCUUAAAUGGCAGUUUGUGGACCAGUUUGUGUCUGAGUCAGGGGAGAAGAAGACCAGUGUGGCUGGCCUGGCCUCUAUGGGCGGGCGGGAGAUCAAGGAGAAGAAGGUGUUCUUCAACCUGGUGGGGACCAUCGGGAUGGGCAUCAGCAUCUCCAGUGGGCCCACCCAGAAGCCCGGCAUCUACAUCAGCAACGUCAAGGCCGGCUCCGUCUCCGCCGAAGUGGGACUAGAGAUGGGGGACCAGAUUGUGGAGGUGAACAGUGUGGAUUUCACAAAUCUGGACCACAAAGAGGCUGUGAAGGUCUUGAAGAGCAGCAGGAGUCUGACCAUCACUGUGCUGACAGGGGCGGGGCGGGAGCUGUUCAUGUCGGACGAGGAGCGGCUGGCGGCGGAGGCGCGCCGGGAGCUCGACCGCCAGGAGCUCAUGCAGCAGAAGAGGGUUGCCAUGGAGACCAACAAGAUCGUCAAAGAGCAGCAGGAGAAGGAACGACAGAGGAAGAUGGAGAUUGCUCAGAAGGCUGCAGAGGAAGAGGAGCGCUAUCAGAAGGAGAUGGAUAAGAUUGAGGCAGCAGAGAAGAAGCACACCCAGGACUGGGAGGAGGACUGGGGGGCCAAGGAGAGGUCCCAGAGCCCGAAGAAGGGCCGGAAGAGCCCCUCCCCCGACAGGAAGGGCUCUCCCUCCCCCAAGGCUAAGAGCUCACCCGAUGGAGAAGAUGAAGAUGAAGAGGAGGAGGAGAAGGAGGAGGAGGAGGAAGAAGGUUUUCAGAAAUACGAAGAUGAGUUUGAUCCAUACUCGAUGUUCUCUUCAGAGCAGAUCGAUGGUCGAGACGUCAGACUGCUCAGGAUCAAAAAGGUGGGGAACCUGGACAUAGCGCUGGAGGGUGGGGUGGACUCCCCUCUGGGGAAGCUGGCGGUGUCAGCCGUGUACGAGGGGGGCUCUGCGGACAAACACGGUGGCAUCGUUCCAGGUGACGAGGUUAUGGCGGUGAACGGGAAGAUCCUGAUCGACGCAACGCUAACGGAGGGUCAGAACUCCCUGGCCAGAGCCUGGAACAGUGGCGGGGAUUGGAUUGACCUGGUGAUCACAGUCUCCCCUCCAAAAGAUUAUGAAGAUGAAGUAACAUUCUUCUAAUCACUCCAUCGCCAGUCAGCCAAACAAAACAAGCAUCUCUUCACUUCCUGGGAGUACUUUAUAUUGUCACCUCAGACUUGAACAACACUACAACGAAUAUUAAUAAAACAUGGAAUGUGUGCAGAUUUUUUUGUACAUCUUGAGAUCAAUUAGUUGAUUGUUAUUUGUGGAUUUUAAUUUAUAACUGACGUACUUGAAUAAUGAAGAGGGUUUAUAGGCUACUGUAAGCCACGCCUUCUCCUAAUUGAAGGCUCAACAGUCGAAUCUUGUCCGGAAGUCCUGGAGCUUUUCAAAAGCACAGCAAAAGCAAUAAGUAGUCACAGGAACUGUCCCGGUAUCCAAUAGCCUACUGUUCUUUUUCUCAACUCUGUGCAUUUUAUUCUGUCUAUUAAAAUAAACAAAGAUGCCAUUAUCA